CGGAGCCCACAGAGAACGGAGAGAAGGCCGACGAAGUGGCGGCGGAGAAGGACGGAGAAGGGACCGGGAAGAAAGAUGUUGCAUUUCCAAAGGAUGUGACCUGUCACAGCCACAUUCACAUAUCAGACAAAUGUCUCGGCCCCUUUGUCCGUCAGUCUUGGAGGAGUCCAGGAGGAGAGGACGGAAGCGUCAUGCAAGUCUGACGAUUUGUCUACAUUUGUCAGUCUACAUCUGAAAGCUCAAAGAAGGGGCAGCAUUAUCUACUGCAGGCUACAUACAUUCAGAAUAAUGCAUGACUUAUACAUGCAGAAUCAUCAGAAUUUUUGCCCACUUAUUAAAUAAUAAAUUAAGCAAAAUAUGUUCCGAAUGUUUAAAAAAAAAAAAAAAAAAAAAAACUGCAGUUUUUCUGUAGGUGAUCAAAUUGUACAUUUCUAAAGCCUCAUGGACCAAGUGGUCUUCAUGAAAAAGUAAUGACCUUUUGUUUUGACCAUUCCUCAAAAUUAUGUACUCAGAUGUUCUAAGAAAACAAGUGAAAAAAAAUCCUCAUUUAGCUUUUGACCUUUCUUUAAAAUUAUGUACUCAUUCUAAGAAAACAAGUGAAAAAUCCUCAUAUUUAGCUAUAUGUGAUGAGGUAUUAGUGACAUUUAACCUGGCUUCCCACGUUAAUAACUCAUAAUUUCUCCUCCCUUUCUUCUCCCAGACCUGGAGACAAAGCAAACAUUCCCCUUUCUGCACGUAGUACACUAGCAUAGCACUUCAGGUAGGGCCCAAUUGCCAUGGUGAUCAUUUAAGACAGAUGUUCUCAAACUUCAUUCUGUCUCUCCCGUCGGUGACAAAUGGACAAAGUGACAAAUGCAAGGACUGCGCGGCUGGACAGUGUGCAACACACUGCUAUGUUCUCCUACUAAGGUUGAAGGACGGCUACAAGUAUGAGCGAGCCAAAGUCAAGAAGGUGAAAAGGACGAUUCCCGUGUGGGCUAGCAUCGCUGCCAGCAAAAAGCUUCCUGUCACCAACUUUGCAGGCACUCAGAACAAAGUGGAUAACAUCCUCAUCGAAGCUAUUACGUCUUGUAAUGACAAGUCUGGGGUUUCAUACCAGUCCGUCAUGAAAUAUAUUCUGAAAAAAUACCCGGGGAUGGAGCUCGACAAGAAGAAGUUUCUCAUCAAGAAGGCAAUGAAGAAACAUUUGGAGAAGGGCACCAUCAAACAGCUAAAGGGUAAAGGCCUUUCAGGAACAUUCGCCAUUGGGAAGCAGCCCACCUCGUCUAAGAAAGCUGCUCAGAAGACUGAGUCUCUGGGAGAUGCUCUUCCUCUCAUCAUCACUCGGCUCUGUGAGCCCAAAGAGGCCUCCUACAACCUGAUCAAGAAAUACCUGGAGCAGCACUUCCCCGACUUCGACAUCGAGAACAGGCCGGACGUCCUGAAGACAGCCCUGGUGAAGGCCGUGGAGAAAGGACAACUGGAGCAAAUCACUGGGAAAGGAGCCAGAGGGACUUUCCAGCUGAAGCGUACCGGUAACCAGGUCCUGCUGAAGGGCAGCACCUUGGAGGACGCCAUCACAGCCGCCAUCACAGCCAUGAACGAACCUAAAACCUGCAGCACCACCACUUUACGCAAACACCUAGUGGACGCAAACAAGGAUAUAAAGGAGUACCAAUUAGUGGCCAAUCUGAGGAGGACCCUGACAAAGUGUAAAGUACUCGGCUGGAUGGAGCAGAUCACCGGCCACGGCUUCACAGGGACCUACCAGCUCUCGUUCCCUUUCUACCCGAGCCCUACCAUCCUGUACCCAGACAAGUUCAACAAGCCUCCGCAGAAAACCACUCCGCGGAGGCGGACGGUUGAAUCUUCUGACGAGGAAGAGUCCGAAGAGGAGGAAGAGUCUGAGGAUGAAGCUCCCUCUCGGAAGAGAAAAUCUGUGAAGCGGCCUCCACCCAAGGCUCGCCGUCCUCCACCGGCAAAAAAGUCCCAGAGCCCAAGCCAGUCAAAAGCUAAAGGCAGAGGACGCGCCCUCGCAAAGAAGUCUCCGGCCAAAAAGGCGGUGUCUUCAGCCAAGAGACGGGGAAGGAAACCACCAGCCUCCAAGAAGGAAUCCACGCCGCCACCCAAAGCCACGCCUGUCAAGAGAGGAGCUCCUGCAAGAAAGCCCAAAACGCCAGCUGUUAAAAAGCUGGCCAAAAGGGGGUCCAAGCGACCGGUGUCAAGAGAGUCCUCCCCCGAGGAGGCUGUAGUCCCAAAGGAGACGACGAGGAGCGGGUCCAAGCGAUCGAAGCCUGCCGAGUCGUCUCCCGAGGAGCCUCAAGUCAAAAAGCCGGCGACCAAAAGUGGGUCCAGGCGGCCCGAGCCUGAAGAGUCCUCCCCAGAAGAGGCUGUAGUCAAAAGGGGGGCGCGGAGCAGCAAGCCGUCCCCUCGUAAGUCCAAGAGAGGGAAAUACUGAGCCCAGCUGCACCUUCCACGAACUGGGCCGCUCUGAAUAUACAGCCGUCUGCCGCUUUCUUUCAGUUCUCUCUCUCUCUCUCUCUCUCUCUCUCUCUCUCUCUCUCUCUCUCUCUCUCUCUCUCUCUCUCUCUCUUUAUCAUGUUCUCCCUUUUUAACAGGGCAGUAGUUCAUUUUUUUUAUUUCUAUUGUAGAAUAAGAACGUUAUCCUACCAAGUUUUACUGUACAUUGGGAGUCUCUGAAUUUCCUUUUUAAUCAACAUGUGUAGAGAAGCUCAGUUAGUGUUGCUGUUACAACUGAUGUGUGACCAGCUGCCAGAUCGGGAGAGCAUAGCGAGAUCCGACAAACUGUAACUAGAGCCAUGUAGUGACUUCUGUUUUUAUAUCCGUUCAUCACCCACUGUUUAGGCGCUGGCAGCACAUGUUCCUAAUAUCAAAUGAAGUGCGAUAUCAG